AUGGCUUCCAGCACCGCAUCUUGUUGCAACAACAACACUACCACCAAUCUCCAUCCAAAUUCACAACACCUGUCAAAUGCCACUUACACUCCACUCACGAAUAAUUUGCCUUCUUUUUCUCCAUCGACAACAGCAGCAGUGGUUACGACAUCAGAAAACAACAAGGAUCCUUCUUCUUCGAAUGGUAUUAAAAAGCAAAACAAAAUGAAGAAGAAGAAGGCUCUUUCCAAUGUCUCUUCCUCCAUCCUGAACGUGAUUGUUGUUGGAAGUGAAGCAGAAAUGCCACUUGUCAAUUCUCAGGCUUGCAGAAAACAAAGACUACAACAACAAGACCCAUGGAUGAAUGGCAUUUUGUAUGAAUUCAAAAACGCUUGCUUCUGCACCACGUAUACAUCGAGCUAUGUGGUUGCAACUGUUGGUAAUGGAGCAUCAUCCAAGAAGAAUUCAACAACAAGCCACAACUACUGCAACAACAAUAAUACUCGAGCUGUGUAA